AUGCUAGCAACCUAUGUUUGGAUCGAUGGAACUGGAGAAAAUCUUCGUGAGAAGACACGUACGCUUGAGAAAGAUCCUGGAAUGGCAGGAAAGUAUCCUUCGUGGAGCUUUGAUGGAUCUUCCACAUAUCAGGCUAAUAAGGGCGAAGAUUCGGAUAUGCAAUUAAAGGCUAAUAAGGGCGAAGAUUCGGAUAUGCAAUUAAAGGAAGUCACUGAUUCUAAUGAAAAGUACAAUGUAGAAAGAAAAUUCCAGCCCGUUGCAAUCUACCCUGAUCCAUUCCUUGGAGGCAAUCAUAAACUCGUACUUUGUGAGACUCUCGACGCUAAUAAUAAGCCCACCAAAAACAAUCAUCGCAAUGCCUGCGCUAAAGUAAUGGAAAAAAUCGAUCAUCUGAAUCCAUGGUUUGGAAUGGAACAGGAGUACCUACUCCUAGAUAGGGAUGGCUAUCCACUUGGU